AUGGUACCAUCAUGUAUGCAUGGGUCAAGCCGUUGCACUGAUUCUCCUCCAAUAGCAAUUGCCGACGGAAGUUACGAAACCUGCUGGCCAUCGUCGGCAACCUGGGCGUCCUUCAAUCAGACGCUCCGUGGGAGACUAGUAGCCACCGUCCCGCUUGCCUCCGUCUGUCACAACAGCAGCUUCGGCACUAACGACGCUGCAGCCUGCGCCCAGCUUCGGUCCGUCUGGGACUACCCCACAACUCAUAUCGACACGUCGUCAUCCCCCAUGGCCCCCUUCUUCGCUAACAUGAGCUGCGACCCCUUCACACCCAGCACCUCCCAAUGCGUCAUCGGGGCCUAUGUCCAGUACGCCGUCAAUGCCACGUCGGCGGCUCACUACCAGCUCACCCUUGCCUUUGCCAAACAGCAUAAUAUCAGGUUGGUUAUCCGCAAUACGGGGCACGACUAUCUGGGCAAGUCCACGGGCGCGGGUGCGCUGGCACUGUGGACGCACCAUCUCCGCGAUAUUGCGGUGCUCGGGUCUUACGAAUCGCCCCUCUACCGCGGCAAGGCGAUGAAGUUUGGUGCCGGGGUGCUUAACUGGGAGGCACAGGAGGUAGCGCACGCUCAUGGCCUUGUCGUUGUGGGUGGUAACGGAAGGACCGUCGGCGUCGCGGGUGGUUAUACCCAAGGGGGUGGUCAUGGACCGCUUGUGUCGACAUUGGGGCUCGCAGCCGACCAAGUGCUCGAGUGGGAGGUAGUCACGGGGCUUUGGGAGUGUGUGAGCGCCACGCCGACCCAGAACGCCGAUCUGUACUGGGCCUUGUCGGGAGGUGGGGGCGGCACGUAUGCUGCGGUGUUAUCGUUGACGGUCAAGGCGUAUCCCGAUAUUAAGACGGCCGCCGCUAAUCUCACAUUCACUAGUGAGGGUGUAUCGACUCGGGCUUUUUAUGGCGUUGUGCAGACAUUCCUGCUGAGUUUGCCUGCCAUCACGGAUUCCGGCGCCGUCAGUAUUUGGUUGCUAGCCCCUGGCUUCUUCCAGGUGCAACCGACGGUGGCACCGGGCAUGACGGCCGACAAGCUGCAGGCCCUGUUGCAACCUACGCUUGACGCGCUUCAAGACAACGAGAUACCAUAUGACUAUUUUGUGGCCGACUUCCCCACGUAUCUCGAUAGCUUCUACGCCAUGAACCCAGCCCCCAAUAUCACUCAAUACAACAUCGGCAGCCGUCUCCUCCCGAAUUCUCUUCUCUCAUCCAACAUCUCCGCCGCAUCCCUGGUUGACGCCCUGGCUUUCAUCCUAGACAACGACGGCGUCGUCUCUGGUCUAUCCGUCAACGUCAGCCGCAUCCCCGAUGUCCCCAACGCGGUAAACCCGGCCUGGCGGCAAACCAUCAUUAGCGCAGUGGUUGGCAUCCCAUACAACGAUACAAGCCUGCAAGCCAAUAUUGCCGGCCAACGCCAAAUCACCGACGGGCUAAUACCCAAGCUGGACGCUCUCAUACCCGACUCAGGCGGCGGUGGUGUCGCCGCCUAUCUGAACGAGGCGGACUUCCGCGAGACGGACUUCCAACGAGUAUUUUACGGCGAAAACUACCCUAGGCUACUAGAAAUCAAGCAUAAAUACGAUCCCUUGGGUAUAUUUUGGGCUACCACGGCUGUGGGCAGCGAGGGGUGGCGGAUUCAGGAAGACGGGCGACUAUGUAGGGCAUGAUGAAGAGAGGGAUUGCUAAUUUUGAGUUCAAAAGUGGUUACUGCCAAUUAAGAAGCAAUACCGACAUUACGACAGUGACGAUGGUGUUGGUGUACGCAAGCAUCGCAAAUUUUCCGUCGAUCUCAUCUGAUGCGAGUGCAUAUGGGGUGUGAAUUGUUG